AUUGCGCUUAAGAUCCCAAAAUGCAUGAACAUUAAUGGAUUUCUACUAGGCCUGCUGGACUCUUUAAAGUUCGUGGUCAUGGUGGCAUUUGCUCGUCUGGGUCUUCUCAAUUCGCCAGAACAAGUAUCUGAUACUGAAGAAGACCACUCCACUGAUUCCACAAGUUAUGUUCUUGUGAUGGAUGGCUUAUCUCCGUCGCUAAUCCCACUCCAGAGUCUAAUGGCCUUGAUCAAGAAGAGGCUUUCUGUGAUGGAAUACAGCAAUCUUCUUCAAAAAUAUGGGGCGCAUGAUGAUGAAGAUCAUGUGGAUAUGGGAGUGCCUGGAUAGAUGGGUCGAUGAGGGCCAGGUGACCUGCCCUUUGUGCAGAUCACUGCUGUUUCCAGCCAGGGGAG